AUACCGAGUCAUACAGGACUUCCAGCUGGAAGCCUUGACGGUGUACGUGCGUGCGGGCCAGAGGCUUGUGCGCCAGCGUCAGUACCGGGCCGUGCGCCAGCUGCUGAAGUGCGUGGGCGAGUCGGGCACCGCCACCAAGAACGACUGUGAUGUCAUCAUACGCCAAGGAGUUGGAGUGUCUCAUUCUGGAGACAAAGAGCACAGAGAACAAGAUUAAGGCCUACCUGCAGGUGAGUAAACUGCGAGCGGCCUAUCUUCUAGCUGUAAAGCUGGAUACAGCCAGGGCCGGGCCACUGGUUCAAGAAGUCCUCCAGGCAGCAGAGGGCGUCGGAGACUCUGUCAUGCAGGACAUCUGUUGCCAGUGGCUGUCUGAGCACAAGGACAGGGUCAGAACGACGCCUCCGCCGGGAGCUACAAAACAAGGCCGACCCAACGCCAAGUAACCCCAUGGGGAGAACAUGGCCCGUGUUCAUUACGCACCAAACAGAAGAAAACGGACUGAACCAGGAAUGGACUACCAGGACUCGUCUAAUAAGAAAUGCUCGUUUUAGUUUUCUGUUACAAAAAAAAAAUGAUUACAAUAUUGUCUAUUUGUUGCGUGCCACUAAUGAACACGACCCGGAUGUAAUCGUUGUUCUGGAGAAACCUAGUUCAGGCUACAACAUGGGGAACCAGACAUCAUCAGGAAAUAACAGAUAGCACUUCAACUAGAAACGCCACGAGUGGAACACCAAGACGCCUGGACUCUGUGACUGAGUGGGGUUGUGAGUGACUUCCUCCUCCUCUUCUCCUCUCUUCCUCCUCCUCUCUGAAAGUAGUGAAACACCGCUGUGCCAACUCUCUCAUCUGGAGAGGUGACUGACUACAGCCAGACGAGACUGUCUCUCUCUCUCUCAUUUGGAGAGGUGACUGACUAUAGCCAGACGAGACUGUCUCUCUCUCAUUUGGAGAUGUGACUGACUACAGCCAGACGAGACUGUUUCUCUCUCUCUCAUUUGGAGAGGUGACUGACUACAGCCAGACGAGACUGUCUCUCUCUCAUCUGGAGAGGUGACUGACUACAGCCAGACGAGACUGUCUCUCUCAUUUGGAGAGGUGACUGACUACAGCCAGACGAGACUGUCUCUCUCUAACUCUCUGGGAGGUGACUGACUACAGCCAGACGAGACUGUCUCUCUCAUCUGGAGAGGUGACUGACUACAGCCAGACGAGACUGUCUCUCUCUCAUCUGGAGAGGUGACUGACUACAGCCAGACGAGACUGUCUCUCAUUUGGAGAGGUGACUGACUACAGCCAGACGAGACUGGGAUGAAUCUAACCACUGAAUUGUGAGUUGUUGACCACUUUAUCUAGUAAAACUGACGUCUGGGAUAAGCACAGAAGACACAUAUAUCAGAGUAAUAGCACAGGCAGUAGUGUACGAUAGUUCUUCAGUUGUAUCUCCUACCUCAGUUAAAAAGGGAUUUAUCUUUUGUUUUCACUAACCUUCAAGCCUAGUAAUAUAUUUCUUUGUCACAAAAUAAACAACUUGAUUUAAUGUAAAUAAUUCCUAACUUUUCCAACCCUUUUUUUAUUUUUUUUAUUUCCUUCUCUUUAUGUUGUUAGUUAGAAAAGAAUGAUCAUGUAAACCUGUCAAGCAGGUGAAAGUAAAGAAGAAAACAAGUGUUGGUAUUUACAAGCCUGUCAAGAGCUUUUAAAGAAGAUACAAGUGUCGAUUUAUAUUGAUGAUUUAAGAGUUUCUGAACUUUUUGAAUGUCAAAGGAGAGUGGGUUUCAUUAGAAGGGAUGUCUGUUACUGUCUUAUCAGCUCGACCUGCCACUAGUUAACCCCCUUAAAAUGUCUGCCCAAGGAGAUAUUUCCUAGCCUGAAAUCCAGACCUGUUUUCUUUGUUGUUUUUUUUGCUAACAUUCCACUACUAGUACUCGGUGUCAUAUGUUUGGCACGGCAAGGACACCGAGUGGCAAGAAGUGGGACYUUUACACAAAUAGACUGGUACCCAGGCUAGCAAUAUCAUGAGUCUCUCUUGCUUUCUCCCUCAGAGGGCAUUUGGGGUCCUGAAAGGGCUUUUAAGAUAACUAGAAUAAAGAUGAGCUUUAUAUAGAAUACAACGAAAACUUGGAACGAGUUGGAUUUAGUAAAGGGACUCUCUGGAUAUGUUUUAGGUCUUUGAAACACCGUUUCAAUUCUAGAUCAUGAUAAAGAGGUGUGGUACCUUGUAAUGUUACAGGUCAAUAUUAUUGUCUCCCUUAAAGCCUAUCGUAGCUGUCUGUGUCAUAUUUGUUUUUAUGGUAUCUGUCUUUGACCAGGAACCACGUUGCUGUGACCGUGUUUUGCAUAUUUGUACUUUAUUCCCGUUGUUCUGGUGUGUGACAAUAUGCGGCCCAAAUGGCACCUUAUUCCCUA